UUUGUUUGGUGUUUGCUGGUGUCGAUCUGACCCCCUGUCACAACUGGCUUCCUCUGACAACGGUUGCUUCCCCUUUCUGAGCUCAGAACGCAGAGAAUCCUCGACAGGAUGGACGACAGCGAGACUUACAUGAAUGUGAAGUUCACAAAAACGGACUCACGGUUUCCUUCCCGAGACCACAUGGGCAAUGAACGACCCGCAAGAAGAGACGGAUCAGACUCAAGAAUAUGGCUAAUCUGCGUUUUAACAACGGCCCUCGUUAUCACGGGUAUCUGCUGGUGGAUUCAUGUAUCACAGAUUCGUCAGUCUACGAUCACCUCUGACCGAAACUGUACUGAGACAGGAAGGAAAGACAGAUCUGUCAACGAAAUCAAGGCUCACAUCUGUGAUCUAUUGACCAGCAAAAGAGAGCAACCGUGUUCCAAGGACUGGAUCAGAAAUAAAGACCGGUGUUAUUACGUAUCCACGUUUGAAACAUCUUCCUUCAGAGCGAUGCAAGAAUGUUCAAACAGUGAUUCAAGGCUUCUCGAAAUCAAUUCAAGGGAUGAAGCGAACUUUGUCUCCCGCAAACUUGUGGACGGAGUCCGUUCAUUUUGGAUUGGAAAAUGCGAGAACUGGAAUGUGGCCUUGGCUAUCCUGUACAAGGUGUCUUCUGUAACGUCGGACUGCAAAGACUGUUAUUCGUACCCAGGGAGUUACCCUUGUAAUCGUGAUCGGCGUUUCAUCUGCGAGAAGUCAGCACCUUUGCUCCCGGAGAUUCCUGAAAAGAUCCACCAUAUCUGUCAACAGCCAGUGGAGACGACGUGAAUCAAAUGACUAACCCCAGUUUGUCCUCCUUCUCUCUCCUUCUCUCUCACUCCUGGAUCCUUUCAAUUUUCCUCCCAACACUCUCUGCCCCUCCAUCCUACUCCCUCUCCUCCUCUUGUCGCAACCAUAUUCUCCCCACCACACACCGACACACCUCUCCCUCUCUGUAUCUCCUUCUUUCUCGCCAUUUCCUCCUUCCAGCUUUUUUUCCCGCUCCAUCUAACUUUCUCUCUACCCCUUCAUCUCCUCUUAUGUCUUCGCUCUUUCUCCGCCCACUCUUCCUCUGCUCACUCUGUCCACAACUUUCAACUCUAUCCCCCGUUCAGACGACUCUCUACCCCUCUCUCUCACUUCCCUCCCCGUUCUCUCUGAACCAUCCGUCUCCCUUAUCUCUCUCUCUCGUUCUCCUUUCCACCCACUCUCACCUCAAUCCUGUGCUGUCCGGUUCUCGAUAACCCAACCCUGGGUAAAAGACUAUGCCUAUUCCCUCUGUCUGUGCCCCUCUUGUGUUUAUCUAUUUACAAAUACGCUACAGGGAAUAAAGUCCCAGCCUUCCCUCACUCUCUCCAUAACUCAGUCCCUCGAGUUCUGGCAAUAUCCCCGCAGAACUUCCUGUACACGCUAUCCAGUUCAAUGGCAUUUUCCAUAAAGCACAGCGGCCUUGCAGACGUGUUGUCGCACUGCAACGUCAUCUCCCGACUCCUGUACUCAGUGCCCUGACUGGUGAAGACCAGCCUGCCGGGUGUCCUCUCCACACGGAUCGGAUGUUUUCCACCGGAGUCGUUAUUUGUUUUAUUAUCUGAUACUUAUACGGCCUUGAAUGUGUUCUUUCGCAGCAUUGGUACAGCGCAAAGAUGUAAAAUUAAUGUGAAUUACAAAAAAAAGAUAAUAAAAACCUUAA